AUGACAGAGAGAGCGUUCCACAAAUUUAUCAGUAAGCAAGUUUCCAAAGAGGUAAAGAUCGAUCUCGCCAAAACAGAGGAGAUCGAAGGUAAUUGUUCGUCAACAAGUGGUCCAUCAGUUUCUGAAGAACCACCAAAACAUGUUCGUAGUUCAUUAAUUAAAAAGGUCAGACGAAACAAUGUGAAAAAGAUCAAAAGCAAUCACAUUGGUGUACCUGUAGACUCCAAAUCAUCUACUAUCUCUACUCCUUGUUCAUCCUCUUUGCCAAACUCCGAUAACGAAGAGUUUAUAUAUACCAUAGGUCAUCCAAAUCUACUUAAAGAUCAGUCAAGUAAACAAAAGUUGACCAACAAAGACCACGUUGAAUUCAAUUUUGUGGCUAGGAAGCUUGCCAAACAAAAACACCAACGCCAACACACCAGCAAACAAGAUAAAAAGACAUACUACCAUGGCAGUAUAGGUGUUUCCGAUAGCUUUCACGCCUACAGACCACUACCAUCACCAUCCCAGUCUGAGGUUGUCACUGUUCAAGGAGUGAGCGAGGCGUAUGAGCAUGUUCUGUCCAAGUCCAAGUGUUUCUAUGAUACCGACCUAGUAAAGAAAGAUCCAAUUUCUCAGUCAAAUGUAACGCCUCAAUAUUAUCACAAAGAAAGAUAUAAUACGAUCACCGAAAAGUGGGAGAGCAUAUGCCAUCCGAAAAUAGAAAGUCUCUUACGAGAUGGAAAGUUUAACAUCGAUAUAAAUAUUGAAUUUGAAACGAGGAAUAUGAAUAUCAACAAAAUAAUAGCCACCAUUAUCAAUAAUUUUGUAACAUACUUUCGUGGUCGAAAUAGAGUGUUGGAACCAUUCAACCCGAAUCCAGGAGAGAGCCAGUUUAAUGUUUAUUUAAAAGAUGGUAGUUCUUCCUUGGAGUUCAACAUUCUCUAUGUUUUGAAUACCUAUGAACUCAAUUCCUUGGAUACGUUCACACUCUUUAAAAGAAAAAGAAUCAUCAUUUUAUUUGUAACAACCCAUUUAAGAGUUUUUAAUACAUUAUAA